UGGAUACUGCCGGUCUCCUAUUCUCAGGUUGCGCCGCUGUAAAACGAGGGCGGAACUUCCUAGUCUACUUCGGGUCGCCUGAGGCGCGUGUUCCUAGAAGUGCCAGCCCUGUAGAGGCCCUCGGGAUGACCUGCUGGCCGGACCGGCCUUCCCUUUUUACGUACGGGAAAACGGAGGCCCCGAGAGCGGAGCGAUUGGACCAGGGUCACCCAGCCAGUGAAGACUGAGCCAAUUCUCAAAACUAGGUGCAAGUGCUUCCCUGUGCCAGGGUAUCAUGGAAGGGCUGCUGACCAGAUGCAGAGCAUUGCCCACCCUGGCCACUUGCAGCUGCCAACUCUCUGGGUAUGUCCCUCGUAGGCUCCACCACUGUGCCCCAGGGAGAAGGCAGCGCUUGGUGCUAUCACGUGUGUUCCAGCCACAGAACCUUCGGGAAGACCAGGUGCUCUCCCUGGAGGGCAAAGCUAGCGACCUGACCUGUAAGAGCCAGCGGCUGAUGCUACAGGUGGGCCUGAUCCACCCCGCAGGUCCUGGCUGUUACCACCUCCUGCCUUACACCGUCCGUGCCAUGGAGAAGCUCGUGCGGGUAAUAGACCAGGAGAUGCAGGCCAUUGGGGGGCAGAAAGUCAACAUGCCCAGCCUCAGCCCGGCAGAGCUCUGGCGAGCCACCAACCGCUGGGACUUGAUGGGCAAGGAGCUGCUAAGACUUAGAGAUAGACAUGGCAAGGAAUACUGCUUAGGACCAACUCAUGAGGAAGUUAUUACAGCCCUGGUCGCCUCCCAGAAGACACUCUCCUACAAGCAGCUUCCGUUCCUACUUUACCAAGUGACGAGGAAGUUUCGGGAUGAGCCCAGGCCCCGCUUUGGCCUUCUCCGUGGCCGAGAGUUUUACAUGAAGGAUAUGUACACCUUCGACUCCUCCCCAGAGGCCGCCCGGCAGACCUACGGCCUGGUGUGUGACGCCUACUGCAACCUGUUUGACAGGCUGGGGCUGCAGUUUAUCAAGGUCCAGGCAGAUGUGGGCAGUAUCGGGGGCACAAUGUCUCAUGAGUUCCAGCUCCCAGUGGAUGUUGGAGAAGACCGGCUUGCCAUCUGUCCCAGAUGCAGCUUCUCGGCCAACAUAGAGACACUGGACUUGUCACAAAGAAACUGCCCUGCUUGCCAGGGCCCACUGACUGAAACCAAAGGCAUUGAGGUUGGGCACACAUUUUACCUGGGUACCAAGUACUCUUCCAUUUUCAAUGCCCAGUUCACCAACAUCCAGGGCAAACCAUCCCUGGCUGAAAUGGGGUGCUAUGGCUUGGGUGUGACACGGAUCUUGGCUGCUGCCAUUGAAGUCCUCUCUACAGAAGACUGCAUCCGCUGGCCCCGCCUCUUGGCCCCUUACCAAGUCUGCCUCAUCCCCCCUAAGAAAGGUAGUAAGGAGGAGGCAGCUGCUGAGCUCACAGGGCACCUGUACGACCACGUCACGGAGGUGGUGCCUCAGCUUUGUGGGGAGGUGCUGCUGGAUGACAGGACGCAUCUGACCAUUGGAAACAGACUGAAAGAUGCCAACAAGUUUGGCUACCCCUUUGUGAUCAUCGCUGGCAAGAGGGCCCUGGAGGACCCUGCACAUUUUGAGGUUCGGUGUCAGAACACCGGUGAGGUGGUCUUCCUCACAAAAGAAGGCGUCGUGGAAUUACUGACCCAAGUGCAGACCGUCUAAAUGCCCCCAGGCCACUCGCACCCCAUCUCACAGCCUUGCUGUCAUUCUAACAUGCACUUUCCUCCACUCCUUUCCUGGGCGCCUCUCUCCAGAAACAGGGCAGCUCAUGGGAGGUGAGACCAUGUUGGAGAAACCAACUCUCACCCAGUCAUUUGUUCAAAUGAUUUGUAUUUAAAGUCAUUAACUUGAUCCCUUUCCCUGGAUUAUCAUGCCUCCAUACACUAUUCCUUCUGUAUUCCUUUGUGGAAGCUUCUAUUAGCUGGCUGAGAGGCAAGAAAGAGUGCCAAGUUCUAGUCUUGGUCCUUAGGUGAUUGCUUCCCUUCUCUCAGCUGAGCCUCCAUGUGUAGGCUGGGAACUCCCGACAGUCUGACCAUGGUCUCUUGCUGCAUUUGGUCCAGAGAACAAGCCCACCAGCCCCGCUCCACUGAGCAGCUGGGCCGAGAGUGUGGGGAAAAGAAUCAGGUGAGCUGACUGCCACCAACUCACUGGUGACUUGGACACUUCCCUUCCCCUGCUGGGACCUCAGUUUCCCCAUCUGUGAUAUGAGAAAAUGGAACUAGGCCUGUAAAGUCCGUGUUGGUGACACUGCAUUGUUCCAUGCGAGGUUCAUGACAGGCAGAUCUGGUUCCUCUGAUCCUUCAGACUCUUAAGUUUCCGGGAAAAUCAAUGUAAUUGGCUGAUGACCCAAAACUUCCUCCAGAGACCUGGCCCUAUUGAGGUGGCUUAAGCACUGAGAUCAUGUUCUAUUGAUUGAAUAAAGUUUAACUUUUGGAAUGAA